AUGCAUGGCAAACUUACGCCAUGGGCGCUUGGCAAGCUUCCGGUCAACAUCCCGGAUCCUGCCUCUCGGGGCAUCUCCUUGCUACAGAUACAGGAGCUCUCAGAGUUCAUCCAGCGAUUAUGCAAGACAGGUCUCUUACAACAUCGCGAAUCCGACUCCACCGAUUGGUUGCACUGGGAAGACAUCUUGAUGGAAGACAUCGCCUCUUUCAUCUUGAAGCCCGCAAUCCGCUACCUAGCAGCGGACAUCAGCAAAGAUGACGUGCAUCAUGACCUGCCGCCUGAGUCGGCAUGGAGCUGGAUUGAGAUUGUUGGCUAUGGCCCUCAGGAUCCCAAGGUGUUUGUAUCCUUCAGCUUACACAGUGGAUUCCGGGACUUCAUGGGCAGCGUGCAUCACCUUGCUGACGACCAGGGUUUGACUAUCCGAGACAACAUGUGGAUUGGCAUGUUUGCUCGAGAGGAGAGUGCACCAGCGCACGUAUUUGACUUGCUGAACUCGCCCAUCUUCAGUGCAUUUGGCAAGUCAGAGGCAACCGCGCUAUUUCUGGAUGAGCACGCCAGCAUCCUUGAGAAAAGCUGGUGUAUCUUUGAAAUGGCAAUCAUCACCGACACGGCCACCAGUCGCCGGCGAUGGAGGUUGCGGGAAGAACUCGCCAAAGAGGAAGGCUGCAGCAUCUUUAAAGUCAACGAGGAGAAGGUGCUGCAGAUUGAGAAGGAGCGAUUCGUAACCUACCGCGCCCCAAGCUCUGACGACAUUUUCCAAUCGGAAAACUGUCGGCUCGACUGGCAAGUCCGGUCGGAGCUUGCCAACGGGGGCGAUCCAUUUUCAGUUCCGUGGGAGGAGGUGCGGGAAAGGAUCCGCCUCAUGAGGCAAGGUGGUGGUAUUGACAACAAGCCUCUGCUUCUCUGUACCCCUGAUGGCCUGGUUGGCACCCGACGUGCCACAUCAGUUCCUGUCCUACAUGCCUUGCUGCAUUCCUUUUGCUGCAGCAAGACGGAUGCCGCCAGUCAGGCAGAAAGACGUCUAGUGAUGAAUUACAUUGCAAACUGCUACUGUGAAGACAACAGAAGCAGCGAACACCUGCUAGACGGAAUUCGUAUUGACGGCGAUGCAUACGAACUGGAGAAUAUGGAGACAGUUUCUGAAGCUCGGCGACUGGAUGGCUCUCCUGAGUACAAGCAUGAGCACAGUCUCGUGACCAGCAAUGAGCACACAGCGCUGAAAUUCAAAAUCCUGGACCACAGCAUUCGACAGGAGUGCAGAAAAGCCCUUGAAGCCCGUGGAGUCAAGGAUAACUUUGACAAUUGGAACAAUUUCUUCGACCUGAAGCGGGUGUGCAACGUCAUGCCACCUGAGCAUCGUGCACUCACUCUGUCCCAGCUUCGGAUUCUGGCAAAUAUGCUUCGAAGACGAUUGGUGGAAUUCGGAGGAUUACCUGCGUGGUACAAGGCAAGCUCCAGAGAUCUCUGGAACAAAGACAAGGAGCUUCACGUGUUGCGCGAUAUCCUCCCGGUCAAUAGCUCCUUUUCGGAGUGCUUUCAAACACAGCGUCAGCUGCCGGACACCUACGUCAUAUGUCCUGAGGACGUGAAGCUGGUGGCCCUGUUCAGCGCCAUAGAAAGACAUGCAGAGGCACACCUUCUGCCAGAGAAGACGACCUACUACGUGGAUGCUCUGUGUAGAAGGCGUGGCGAGCUAGAGAAGUCGGCGAACGAGUCUGCAGAGAAGACCCAACGCCUCCUAUCAAACACUGGCAGGGGCGUACUGCUGAUCCUGGACCAGCCGACAAGCCUCACCUGGCGGCACAACGUUGCCAGCUUGUGGUGCUUGUACGAGCUGUUCUUCGCGGACAGACAGGGUCUUCUCUGGGACGUGGCAUGUGGAGAAGGGAUCGUUGCCAUGCGCGCACCUUUGUCCACGAAGCGAUGGGUCUUUGGCCAGUUCGACAGCGGGAUUGCCUGGAACCUGUCGUCCAUCCGAGUAAAGGCAGAAGCUGCCAGAUGUACAGUAACAGAGGAGAAGGACAUUUUGCUUUCAAAGCUGAUGGAGUUCGGAAAGAACUGCAUCACGGAGUUUGAGCAGAAGAUGACCGCCAAGGUCCCAGCCAGGAUGCUUGGGCCUGUGCUGCGGAAGGCGGCAUGCAUGAGGGACAAGGAGGACUUCGAGCGCCUACGGGAUGCCUGCGACAUCAUGGCCAAGCUGCGAUGUAGCGGUGCGCACAUCAAUCUCGCCAGCCUGGAGGGUGGAUUCGGGGAGUCGGCCUUGCACAUUGCGGCAGCAGCAGCUGUAGAUGGCAGUGCUAGAUGUGCGAGAGCCGUGGAGAUGCUUGUACGCAUGGGCAUGGAUGUCAACGCACAGGAUGAUGCGGGUGAGACCCCCCUGCAUUGGGCGGCCAUGACAGGCCGAGCUUGGGCUACAGGAUUUCUCCUGCGGAACGGCUCGGACCCGUUGCUGGCCAGUUGGUCCGGCUUCCGGCCCUUUGACGUUUGCUGCACAGGGCCAGCCGCGUUCCUCGGAGUGGAUUCGAAGAAAGUCUAUGAGAUCCUCAAAGGUUGGACACAGGCAACAGUAACUGCUGGUCAUGCGGCCUUCGCCUUUGAUGACGAGGAUGUUGAUCGCUCUUGA